AUGGUGGUGCUUCUGACGAAUGACUCGGCUAAAAUUGACUGCUUUCUAGCUGUCUUCAGGAGGAAAGCUGUACCAAAGCGAGAUGACGAUGACAAGACCCCGGCGCCACCACUGCUCCAGGAGAAUGUGUUCAUCGAGGCCAGCAGACCCAAGUACCUGGAGGAUCUUCACACUGAGGCCCUGGAGGGGUUGAAAAUGAUGCAGCACGAGGAAACCAAUUACGGAGUGGAGUACCAGGAUAAUGAAAGCACAAUUUCGACAAUGACGGUCCAAACAGACGGGGAGGGUGGAGGGUUUAUGACAGACAGCACCAUUGCAGACACAUCCUCCAUUGUCUCAGUACAAUCAUCUGUGUCCACAAGAUCAUCCCGCUCUGGACUCACCAGACAAGGAUCAACAUUCAGACCAUUGAAGUCAGAAAAGACGAGAAGGAGACGACACAGGAAGACUGUUGUGGGUAUCCCACAGCAUGUCCAGAGAGAGAUGGGGUUGGACAGAGUGGGCUGGACACUGGCUCAAAAGUUAGAUGAAGAACCGCUUUAUAAUGGUGAGACUGAUGACAGCCCCACCACUGAUGGCCCACAGCAAACCUCAGAGUCACAAAAGGGAGCCAGGGCCGGCCUUCAAGACAAAAAGAUCAUUCAUCCCCUAAACAAGGACCAAAUCAAGCAACUCAAUGCCACCCAUGCUGGACAUAGGGAUGACCUGGCCCUGUUGCACCGCCUGGGUCCUAACUUGUCAGAUGGACAGAGGCCGCGGUCACUGGCUGUUCCAUGGAUGACCACUGCCAACAGCCUCCAGCCGGAGCCACCUAGCCCUGUCAUGUCCAUGUCACCCCAGGCUGCUUACAUGUCCAAAAUCAUUCCCAAUGCUGUGUUACCACCGUCCAUUGAGGUGGUAGAAAUCAGCCGUGGACGGAGUCGCAAUAGCCUCCGCACUGUCAGCAAGAGCAGCCUGCUGCUCUCAAGCCCAGCCCCCUCCCGUGCUUCCUCUAGAGCGUCUUCAUCCAGAACCACUUCCUCCAGAAGCUCAACCAUCACCUCUGCCUCCCGCCAAAACCCCCUCAAUCUGUCCGACAGCUCUUGUUGGAGUAACUCUGACUCCUCAGAGACCUUAGUGUCUGACUCCUCAACCAUCUCCAGCAGCAGCACCCCCCGGCAGAAGUCGCAGGACGGCGAUGCUUCUGCUAAAGAGGGCAAAAUCAUCAAGACUUUCAAAUACAACUAUAAUGGUGUGCUCACUGGUAAAGCAGAAGCAGCCAAGAAAGAGGGACCAUUUGUGCGUAGCUUGUCUGUCAUGAAGUCCAAGAAGGCUCCUACUCCUCCAAGCCGCUCCUAUUCCCUCCACAGUAAGAUGAAGCGGCGAUCACGUGAUCUGGCUGAGGUUAGGGUCAUUCCAGGUGAAUCUUCCCUCCACAGAAUCUCCACUACAGUUGAGGAAAAUGAAAAAAACAACUCAGGACCUUCACCAAUGUCCCCCAGAAUCAUAGACAGCCCUGGCUACAAUGCUGACACUAGUUCUCUGGAUGACUCCACAGGGUCAUUCAGUCCCAUUAGAUCCCAGGCACUAAAGGCAGAGGAAGCUGUUAAGGUUGAUUCUUCACAAGAGAAGCAGGAUCCACCAAAGGAGAAUAAACCUAGCAAAAUAAUCUCACCGUCUAGUGGCUACUCCAGCCAAGAUGCAAUAUCCCCACAGCUUCCUAAACAGCCUCACAGCUCAUCUCCAAAGCACAAGAGAGGCAUCUUGGCAAAGCUUCAAAAGUUGUUUCCUGGGUCCACAUCUGCUGGAUCAGCUCCAUCCCCUCUCACACAGUCAGAGAAUCCUGAAAACACUAAACACAAUAAAAUGGACUCAGUUGACACAGUCGGCGUCAGUGCCUCUGUUAGGACGUUGAGAGAACUCUUUAACAUCCCUCCGCCACCUAAAGUCCACGCACCCCCACCCCCUCCACCAGAGGUAUGGGCUCACAGCAAGCGAAGCUUUGAGUUACUGCUGGGACCCCCGGCACCUGACAACAUUUAUGCCAUCAUAAAGAAGAAUCCAAAAGACAGGAGACAACAGAGGCAGCCCCCCUCUGCAUCUACAGAUGGGUCUGUGAAGAGCUUGGAGGUAGAAAGAAAACACAUGAAUCCAGCUGUAACAGUGGAGUCCAUUAAUGGAUCGAUUGAGAGAAGGAAAGUCCAAGAAAGUUUGAUUUUGAAUGCAGAGAUUCAUAAAGAGAUGAAUGAAAGACUGGCUCAGAAUGUUGAUUUGAAAGGAAACGUCAAGGUGACUGAAAAAGCAAAAGUAAGUGACAUUAUAAAUGUGAUGUUAGUGAAGGCUGUAGAGAAACGUGAAGAAAGAAUGAAAUCAGAAGCAAAUGACAAAUCCACAGAAACAACAGAGGUAAAGACCAACAUGGAUACCUUACCUGCCAUUUCAUUAGCACGCAUUUCUCCAUUCCCCUCACCUGCAGUGUUACACCAUUCACCUCAACCCCACACUAAACAGAGCACAGAAGUUACCUCUGUCACAUCAGUACGAGCUGUUGUAUCCCCAGAGUCGUCCUGGCCCCCUCCACCUCCACCAAUAACACAAGUGGGAGUUUCAGGGCCCGAUGAGCUAGAUUUCCCCCUGCCUCCCCCAUUGUUUGGUGAUGCAGGGUUUGUCAUACCUGUUCAGGUGCCACCAGAGAGGUCCACUCCUGAUGGGGACUCUUCUGCAACUACAUCUGUUGUAACAUUGGUGAUGACAGAGGCAGAAACACAGAAGUCCAGUUCAUCCGAAGGGAUUGCCCCUCCACCACUGAAUAUCCCUCCUCCACCACCCUACACAGCUCCCCCUCCGCCAAUUAAAUCAGUCUCUCCUACUACAAUCAAAAAGGCCUGUCUGCCACCAAGAGAGAUCUUUCUCCCACCACCUAAAGAAUUCUCUCCUCUACCACAAAUUAAAGAAGUCUCUCCUCCACCACCUAAGGAAGUCUCUCCCCCACCACCACCCAAGGAAGUCUCUCCUCCACCACCUAAGGAAGUAUCUCCGCCACCUCCCAAGGAAGUCUCUCCGCCACCAACCAAGGAAGUCUCUCCGCCACCACCUAAAGAAGUCUCUCUGCCACCACCUAAAGAAUCCUCUUCGCCACCACCUAAGGAAUCCUCUCCGCCACCCUCUAAGGAAGUCUCUCCUCCAGCCCCUAAGGAAGUCUCCCCCCCACCACCCAAGGAUGUCUCUCCACCACCACCUAAGGAAGUCUCUCCUUCAGCACCUGAAGAGGUUUCUCCACCCAAACAGUCACCUCCUCUUCUAGUUAAACAUGUCCCCCCUCCACUGGUUAUCAAGGUUCCCCCUUCGACAGAGAUACUCACUCCAUCUACUGAAAAGGUUGUUCUUUUGUCUUCGCAAGAAAGUGUCUCUCAAUCAUCUGUAGAAGAAACACUUGUUUGCAAGCUCAACCCACCACAAAGUAUUCCACCUCCACCACCCCUACAAUUAAAGCCCCAUUUGUCAGAUAUUGAUCUCCCACAAGAAGACAUCCUACCUGAAAUUAAAACUAAUCAAGCUUCAUUGAGCAGUACUCUCGCUCCCCCAGAGAGUAUCCCACCGCUGCCUCCCAUAGAGCAACCUCAGGCUUUAGCUGGUCCAACAACCCAUGAGGUCCCACCAUCUGAAGUCUCAAUCCCACAAAGUCUUGAAACCUCUCCUUCACCAGAAAAGCCCCAAGAACAAGCUCCUUCUCCAUCUGUAAACAUUCCUUUACCUCCACCUUUACCUGUUCAGGGUCUUACCACCAUUAAGCUUCAGUCUAGUACUGUAAGCACAGAAACCCCAAGCCAAGAGCUGACCCCUUCCAAUGUUGUACAGGAGGAAUCCACUCUCCUUGUAACCCCCUCCCUCCUACAGAUGGUCAAACUGCGGUCGGUCAACAGCAGUCCCGAGCCCCCUAAAGCUCAAGAGGAUCCAAAGGCUGAGGUCACAAUGAGAAAACAGCAGCCCAGUGAUCAAGUUCCAACCUCAUCUGUCAAUGGAGAAGCUCCUCAAAAACCCAUCAGAAGGUCUCUCAUAGUGACCUCUCCUACAUCCACUUCUCCGCCUGUCAAUGUCACUUCAGAACCAGCUUUACCCAAGCUUCAGCCUCUUGUGGCUCCACCUGCAUCUUCAUCCCCAGUACCCUCCCCUACGAAAAAGUCUCCUCCUGCCACGACUGCCUCUCCUUCCAUGAAACUACAGGAGGCCAUCCGGCUGAGGACAGCAGCCAGAUCAAAAGAGAGCCCUGCAUCUCGCCUCAGCCUGCAACCACCUACAUCACCAAUAGACCUGCAAAGGUCCCCUAAGUCCCCCACAAGCACAGCAAGUUUUAUCUUCUCCAAGAGCAAUAAGAAGGUGGUGAUUGAGACCAAACCAGUGCCAGAGGCCAAGGCAAAAGUUCAGAAUAAGCUGGAGGUUUCCUCUGUAACAAAGGUGGUGAGUGAACCAGAGUCUUUGAAGACGACGAGCAAGGUGCCACCACCUGUUGCAAAGAAACCCAAAUCGAAGACCAAAGAGAAUGAGACCAGUGAAGGGAUGGAGCAAACUGCGGGACAGGAAGCACAGCGAGAGAGUAUCCAUGAUGGUGCAGAGAAGACAAAUGGGACAGCAGGCGCAGCUGAAGCAGGAGAAACACCAUCGACAUGAUUGUAAAGACUGAAGGAGACCGGGAAGUACUUACUUAUAAUAACACCCAAUUCACUGCAAGUUGAUCUUUGUGAGUGAGAGACAUGAGACUGGAUGUGGACAGAUGCUUAUUUCAAAAACUGGAUUUCGAAACAUGCUGGAUUUUAUAGAAAAUCAUUUGAAUGUCUUGUUAAUGGUGUGGGUCUUAAAGUACACAGUUUGCAUUUUACUAAGAAUCAUUUAUUUUCUUUUGUUAUAGGGGGCAUUCUGAGUUUUACUGUUGCAAGAAAUGGGAAUAUACUGCCCUCUAGUGCCAAACAAUGAUUGUACUACUUAUGUCCUGCUGAAUCAGAGCUUGUGGUUAGUACUUGCAACGAUGGGACUUUUGGGCACUCAUCUGUAAAUAUAGCAACGUGUUGUACAUGUAAAUUAUCCAGUACUGGUGGAUCAGUGCUAUACAGUUCUUUUCUGUAUUUCCCUCCAAAGACUUCCCACACCAAUUAUAUUUGUUAAAAAGAAAAAUAUUAAUUAUCUUAAGUUAUUUUUCCUGUAAUGUUCAGUUCACGUUCAGAUGAGGGUCUCUACAGAACGUCUUCUUUGCAAUGUUGUGUUCAACCCUUAUAUCAUCAUAUAAAUCAGUUUGUUUGUGUUGAUCUUAAUCCUAUACAAAUUAGUUUUCUCAAAAUAAAUCCCACUUAAUUUUUUUAUGAUUCAAAGCUAUCGAUGCGCAUGACCACUGCUAUCACAAAAAGAAAGAGCCGGACAUGGCAAGUUAUACUGGAAUCGCUUUGUAUUUGGAGCAUGUUUUCUGCUGCUUUUAGUUACUGAUAAUGGAGGCUUUGCCUUUCUUACAGUUAUUAUUGCUCUAACAGUGGGAUAUUUCUGUGUUGGACUAUAAUAUAUUUCAAAGUGUUUUCAGACAUCGUAAUGUCAAAAAUGAUCAUUUAUUAUGAAAAGAAUAAAGAUUUAU